UCCAACAAUCUCCUUCAUCAAAAUUAACAAAUUAAAGAUGGUGCGCCUUGUUCAUCUCCUUCUUAUCAUCAUCACUCUCUUCACUAUUUCAUGUGUCUCUUCUUCUUCUUCAAACCCUACUAUGACAACCAAGGACUUCAUCCUUGCCACUCUUGGCCACACUGAUGAUUCCCUUAAUUUUGCUGAAUUUGCUGAAAAGUAUGGAAAGAGGUAUGAAUCAGUGGAGGAGAUAAAGAAAAAGUUUGCUGUGUUCAAGGAUCAUCUCAAAGAAAUCAAGUCCCAUAAUGAGAAGGGAUUAAGUUUCACACUUGGAAUCAAUGAAUUUUCGGAUAUGACCUGGGAAGAAUUCAAAGCAAAAAGGCUCAGAUAUAAAUGUUGUGGGAAGAAUCCAACCCAAAAAUUAAGGCCCUUCAACUUCGAUGAGUUUCAAAAUAGAUCAAGGCUUAUCAACUUCCGAAGGCAACUACAAACUCACUGAUUAAUGCACCAACUCCACAAACUCCACCAAAUUAGAGUCAUGCAUGAAUAUAUAUAUAUGAAACUCACAUGAAUGUGCAUGCAUUAGUUUGUUUUUUUUUUUUUCUUCUUCUUCUUUUAUUUUCUUGAAGGAUCAUCUCAAAGAAACUCACCAAAUUCGAUGCAAGUGUGGCUUAUGACAUAUUAAGCUUGUUUUUUUUUAUGUUGUAGUCUCCAUAUUUAG